AUGGAAGGUGAAACCCAUAAUAGUGGAAUGAGACAAUUCAAAAUGCUAAAACCCAAAGUUGUAAAGAGAAUGCUUGAAAAAGGCAUGGGCCCUGGUAUCACCUCAGUUGUGUAAGUGCUCUUAUUACUUUUAUCAAAGUUUUACCUUUUAUCUAGGCUAUUUUGUAAUGUAGAGGGAAGUAUAAUAGCAAAGACAGGAAAAGAUGACAAAGUUCAUUCUGAGGCUGCAGUGUUGGCAAAUAUAUGCCACGAGUAUAUUGAAUUCGGCACUGAGGCUUUUAAGAAUAACACUCUGCAGACACUCUUCAUAACUACUGAUAAUGUGCAAUAUGUGGCGAAGCCAAUCUAUAAUCUUAUCCUCUGUUUCAUCUGCACUAAAGAUGUCAACUUGGGAUUGAUAAAGAGCAAGUUGGAUGUCAUGGCUGAGUGUCUCGAAGAUGGUUUAAAGAGCAUUAAAGAUCACUUAGUUGCAUACUGA